AUGGCUAUUAGUUGGUUUACAAUGGACCAAGGAGAAGAACCAACUGUAGUACUUAGUGAACGUCCAUUUGAACCAUCUGCUGGUAUUGCUGGUUUGGCUCAAUCGUCUGCCUCUUGCUCGUCUCUCUCUGAUGAAAAACACUGGCACGGAUAUAUCAACACUGCUAUUGUCAAGGGUUUGUCUAGUCACUCGACCUAUUACUAUUCCUGUGGAGACUCUAAAGAUCUAGUCUGGAGCAGCCUCUAUAAUUUUACCACUGGUGUCUAUCCAAGUGCUACUACCACUGUCACUCCAUUCACCAUCGCUGCCUAUGGAGAUAUGGGAAGCACAGGUGGUGAUUCUGUCACUAUUGCCAAUCUUGCCAAACGUACAGAUUUCUCUUUCCUUCUUCAUGUUGGUGAUAUUGCUUAUGCAAAUGAUUCUCCAUCAGGAAAUUAUACAAUUUGGACAUCAUUUUUAGAACAAAUUAAUCAACUUAGUUCAACGUUGGCAUACCAAGUAUGUAUUGGUAAUCAUGAUACAUUCCAAGAUGAAAAGAUUUACCAAAAGACAUUUAUCAUGCCAACUGAAAAGUCUGAUGAAACUUGGUAUUCGUUUGAUUAUAAUGGUGUCCACUUUGUAGCCUUUUCAACCGAAGAUGACUAUUCAACCAUCUCUAAGCAAUAUGCUUGGAUUGAAAAGGAGUUGUCUAGUUUUAGAGCAUCCAAUGAGUUUGGUUGGCUCAUUGUCUAUGCUCAUCGUCCCAUGUACUGUAGUAGUUCCGACGGAUACUGUGAUGCCUCUGACAAGAAACACAAGGAUGUAUUAAAGUAUAUCGAACCAUUACUUUACAAGUACAACGUCCAUCUAGUUGUCAUGGGUCACUCUCACUCUUACGAACGUACUCUUCCAGUCUAUGAAAACCGUGUCAUGGGUACCUACGAACAACCAUUAGCUCCUGUCCACCUGGUCAUCGGUACAGCUGGCAACCGUGAAGGAUUGAUCAACGGAUGGCAAGACCCAGCACCCGUCUGGAGUGCAGGUCCUCGUCUUGAAGAGACUGGUUUCGGUAUCCUUUCAUUUAACGAUUCUCAUCUAAUCUAUCAAUUCUAUCUUGAUAGUAAUGAUUCUAUUGUUGAUCAAUUUGUUUUAACUAAAUAUUCCUACAAUUAA